GGGGGAGCCGGCGCUGCGGAGGCGGGGUCGGGCGCAGAGGCAGCCGGCCGCCUUGGUGGCAGCGCAGCUGCGAGGUGCGACCCGCCCCUCCCGCCGGCGCCCACCUGUGACGUCAGCCAUCACCGUGAACAUCACAGGUGCAGCAGCAAGUCGUAGAGCUGCCUCGUUUCCCUCCCCGUUCGCCCACAUUUGAGACUCCAAGAUGCCCGUGGAAUAUAUCCUCACAGAUACUCCCUGCUCCACAGUGAAGAAAUUGAGAAAAAACAAUCAGGUGCCUAAUCCACUAAUUGAACGGAUGACCCCCAUUUGAAAAAUAGACUCCAAAUAUGAAGAAUCCCUUGGCAGACAUGGGAUCAAAGCCAGUAACAGCAGGUGAGGCUUAAAAAGACAGAACUAUUGCUUGAAUACUUCAGGAGCUCUCAUCCACAGCUUUCUGCAAAGAAUCAACUUUGGCAAAUGUACAAGGCCAAAGAAAUCUAGCUACUGGUGUUGCCAGGUAUCCAAGGUGCUGACCAGGGACUAAGUUAGGAUAAGGGAUGCAAAUGUUGGGGGAGAAAACCAUUUUUCUAGACCCAUCCUAACCAUGAAGGGGAACAGACUCUCAGGAGAGAUCCACUGAAUAGACCCUCUUCUUUGGAGGAGCUCCUUCUAUCCCCCAAAGUUGCUCCAGUUUGGACCGAACUCCAACAAAACCUCUCUUCACUGUUUCAUCUAACUUGACCCAGAGCCACCUGCAAAAAGGUGCUGCUGUCCCAGACAGAGGACAGAUGGGCUUGUAUGGGACACUUCAACUGAACUUGAGCUUAGGUUUGGCAUUACUGUUUGCAGUCAGUUAUGCUGUUGUCCAGAGCUGACCAGUUAACAGCCCAAGAGACGUGUGCAGCCCCUGAAGGGAGUUAAGCUGUAUCCCCCAGACUCCUAGUCUGAAGGCUGUUGCCCCCACCACUCCAACUGCUGCUGCCCUUCUGGGAGUCUCCAGGAUCCCCCAGGGGCGACAGAAGGCUGGGGCUAACAGGGCUCAGCUCCCCAGACACGGGGCAGUGGGUAGGGCCAUGGGGCAGCCCGGCUGCGGGUUUCAGGUGGCUGCAGCAGGAGUGGGGACAGGCACACACACAACCAGGAUUGCAACCUGGCAUGUGUAUGACUGGCUGCCCAGCACAGCAGGCAAGUAUCAAUCUAUUCUCUGAAGGGGAAGGGGCAGAUCAAGGCCCCCACAUUGAGGGAAGGAGUAGGGCAGAAGCAGGGGAUGGGGUGAAUGGGGCCCCAGCUGGGCCAGAUGGUGGGAUAAUCAAAGCCCAGGCGGUUCAUCCAAGGGUGCGGGGGGGUCCUGCCACUGUGUGCACCCUGGCAGAGGCCCGGGGGGGCACGUGCUUCCUGAUCUGUGCACAGGGUGGAGGCAGCUGCUGCUGCAUGCUGGUACUCUGGGCCCUGCUGCUGGUGCAGCUGCCUGGGGAGCUGCACAACGCCAAGUGCUUCCCGCUGCCAGGCGGUCAGGGGGCGCAGCACAGCCCAGUGGCAGCAGGACACACAUGGCAUCAUGCCUCUCCCAAGGCAGCUGCACUGGCAGCAAGGCCCAGAGCCCCAGGCACAGAGGCAGCUGUCUCUGCCCCACACAGAUCGGGGGAGUGUAUGUGCCCCCUGGGCCCCCGGCACCCCUCAAUGAGCCGCCCAGGCUUCAACUGUCCUACCACCUGGCCUGGCUGGGGCCCCAUUCACUCCUGCCCCUGCCCUACUCCCUCCCUCACCUCAGGAGCUUCAAUCUGCCCCGCCACGGCCCUUCCCCCACAGACUUACCCACUGGGCAGGAGGGGCGGUGUGCACACGUAUGCAUGUGCUCAGUCCCCGCAAAUAAGUUUUUCUCCCUCCACCUAUGGGCUACCUCCAACCCUUUCAACUUCUGGUUUGUUCCCCAGGAAAUGGGGCAGUAGAGAGCAGCCAAAGGAACUGAACAAGGAACUCAGAAGACCAUGGGAUGAGAGACAGUGCAUGAGCAUAGUGCAGUGGAGGGGUGGGGCACGCAACCCAAAAGAGGCCACAUGUAGCAGUGCAUGGGAAACAGCAGUGUGCCACACAGCACUGUAGUGUACGACUUGCAUGACAUAGUAUUUGGAAGUUGGACAGCCCUCAUGUAUACCAAAACAAGAAAUGACUAAUUUGCAUCUUUACUUUCAGGAAAUCCAGUCACUUAAGUGUAAUAUUAGCAUCAGAAGGCUCCACUAAUUUCGAAGGAAAUCUGAAUGACCCAAGAUAAGUCACAAAUAAAUAUGUAUUAUACAUCAACAAGGGCCUGUUUGAAAGAAAGCAAAAAACAGAUUACAGAUAAUGUUCAACAAAUUAAGGCCAUUCAAGUAAACAGAGACAAAUAUAGCAU